AUGGGUACGCUGCUUACAUGUUCCCCGGCGAUUCUCCUCGAAGUGUCGGACGUCAUUUCCCUGUCUCGCAACCCACACAUUGUCCCACGUAGCGCUGCACACUAUGAACAGGCUCCGCCAAUGGAAGCGCGAUCUCACUCGCUGAUCUUCCGGCACUACCAGUGUCGCCACUCGAUCGCGUCUCCCCUUGCGUUCGGACAAUAG